ACAUCAUAGCAAGCAAGGAUUAGCUGUCCACCACGCGAUCCCUGUGAUAUUCUGCCACAAACCGCAUCUUCCUGCUGCGCUGCGCUUCUCUCUGCGUUCCACGCGGCCUGUCAUCGAAACGCAGCAGGUGGACCUCUAGCUCCGUAGCAUCGCCAUUACUUCGCUGUACGCUUUGAAGGUUAUCCAAGAGCCUUCUUCUAGCGGCAGUGCAGCCCGAAACGGCUCGCUACAUUCCAGGGUGCUUACUCUCAGGCACAUGGGAGGGCUAAGAAGGGCUACCACCUUGCUAAGCCAGCUCCGGAAACAUAAAGACCUCCAGCCCACACACUGCACAGGUCUCACUACAGGAUACCAUCCAAAUAUCAAGUGUCGUGCCGAAACAUGGCGGGAAGGCCGACUGAGAACAACCACAAUGACGGGAAGAAAGCCGUGCCAUGGCCGCAUGAAGCGACGGCACACCUAGCCUGGGCCGACAGAGUGGAUCAGCUGCACGCCACCACUCCAGUUAUCAGCGUCUCGCGACACCAUCCGCUGAGAGUACUGUCAGCACUGCUGGUGGCCACGGCUAUUCUUGUAUUCUGGUCUGAUAAUCCUCUAUCUCACCAUGGGCUGCAGCCGACGAUAACCAGACGCUCCGUAGCACCGAUCCCACCAACUGUUGGUCGAACGCUGUUGGAAGACUUCCAGGUCUACCCUCCUGUUUUGACAGUAACACCUGAUGGAGUUCUCGAAAUCACUGAUGGGUCCUCCAACGCGAGUGUCGCCAUCAUACCCAGCACGGCCCCAAGUUGUCAGAGCACGCUGGUGGAGUACUCCUUCGCCUCGUCUUAUGGCCAGCCAUAUGUCGGAUCUUACACUCCCCCUUCGUGCCAAUUCAAUCGCAUCAGCUGGAACCUCACAGUGGUGUCUGCUGGGAAGCAAUUCGACAGACUCGGCACCGUUUCGUUUGGCGAUGUUGAGCUGUUCCGCACCUCUACUGCAGAGCCUACCAAGACCGGCAUCACGUGGACAUACAUCAAGGAUAUGACAAGCUUCCUAUCGCUCUUCAAGACGAGCCAGACGAUCAUCUUUGACCUGGGCAAUGUCAUCAAUGACAUCUAUACUGCACCUUUCAAUGUCACCCUUACGGCAGCAUUCUUCACUGCUCCUGACUCGGUAGUACCUGCAGAUCUCGUCAUACCCGUAUCCAAUAGGCGGGGCUCCGCCAGUCAACCGAGCUACUUUCGGUUUCCGAAUGAGACGGCUGCGAAUGAUAUCACAUUGCCUCAAAAUGUGAAAAAGGCAUUCUUCACUAUUGCUGCUACUGGACAAGCACUGGAAGAGUUCUGGUGGGGUAAUGUCCUGCAGUCCCAGGUGGACACGUUCGGCAGUGGUAAUUCUUCGCUGCCCGGCUAUUCUCCUUUUCGGGAGAUUCAAUUAUACAUCGAUGGUAUGAUGGCUGGCGUCGCAUGGCCCUGGCCUGUCAUCUUCACAGGAGGUGUCGUUCCUGGUCUAUGGCGUCCUAUUGUUGGCAUCGAUGCCUUCGACCUGAGGGAGGACGAAAUUGACAUCACACCCUGGCUAGGUCUGCUCUGCGAUGGUAAAAGCCAUAACUUUGCGAUACGCGUAUCAGGGCUGAAUGACAGUUCGAAUGGUGCUGCCACACUCUCCAAUACCACCCUGGACGAUUGGUAUCUUGCAGGCAAAAUCUUUCUGUGGCUCGACAAUCCGGGCCACAUCACCACAGGCAGCAGGCCACAACUUCAUCUACCUGAUCCCUCCUUGACAGUCUCGUCGCGUAUCCACGUUGCCGCGAACGGCUCGAAUAGCAGUCUCGCGUACACUGUACAGGCUCGUCGGCAGCUGUCCAUCUCAUCGACAAUCAAGACUUCAAAUGCAAGCGUUCUCGCCUCCUGGACGCAGCAGCUGGGCUCUCAAUACGAUGGCAACUACACUUCUGCGGGAGAUCAGACCAGCACUCUCCACACGACCGGGCAAGAUAGGUCAGCAAAUGGUUACGCGCGGACCUUGGACUACUCGCUGUACUCUUACAGCACCCAAGCAUUGGCGACCAACGGCAACUUGACCUUGACUGCCGCUCUCAGUUCGGGUAAGCAGGUGCAGACACUUGGACAAGCGGUCUUUCCGACAGGAUUAGAGUCAUUCUCCGCUAUGCAAGGCUUCCAUGAGAAGUAUCAGUCCUAUCAAGGCGCAUCCCUCGUGACAAGGCAGAAUGGUACAGCGUUCUAUACCAGCAACCAGACGGAGCAUACGUCCUUUAGCUAUGGUACGACAGAACAGGAAAUGAGCUUUUCCGGAGUCCGAUGUACGUUCGAUGAGCCUGCAGGAUACGAAGGUCCGAAACUCACGUCGGCCAAGGAACUAUUCCAUCGCCACGUCCUUGCAGUCAACGGUAGCGUGGUCAGAGACGAGGAGACACUGCUUGGCUCAGACAUUGGACAUUAUUACGGGGCAGCAAGUGAUGACAGAGAAAUGGUCGUAUCUGGUAUGCCGGGUCGGAUUCAUAGCGGACUGUGAAGGGGAUGGAAUAUGUCGGUCAAAACUUUAAACGUUGAUUGCGGAUUUUGCUCGGAAGUUUUUUCUAUUUUUCGCCAAGACGAGCGGUCAUUAGUACCUGUACAAUGUAUAUACCCUUAUUUUCGAGAGAAAGUUUGAC